ACCCCAUGUUGGAUCUGGACAUUCAAGAGCUUGCCAGUCUCACCACCGGAGAGGGAGAUCUGGAGAACUUCGAGCGCCUCUUCUCCAAGCUGAAGGAAAUGAAAGAAAAGGCAGCCACCCUACCUCGGGAGCAGAGAAAGCUGCAUGCUGAAAAGGUUGCCAAAGCCUUCUGGAUGGCCAUUGGAGGAGACCGGGACGAGAUCGAAGGCCUCUCUUCCGACGAGGACAACUGAGGCCCUUCAGAGGCCGUGUUGCGGAGCAGACAGGGAUCGUUGGGAGGCCAGCGGCCGCCGUCUGGAGCUGCUUUCACGUUUUCCCCUCCGACAAAGGCCUCCUCCUUUCAUCAGAGACUCUAGAAAGACUACAACGCCCCGCUUACUUUGAUAACGUCCCACGGCAGCCCGAAAAGUAGGUGGAGCCACAUCUCAUUCCCUUUCCUGGAUUCAUCGGUGGCGGCGUGGGCCGCCCGGUUAAAGAAAUCGGAAAUGGUGUGUUUUCUGGCCAUCCUCUUAUCAUCUCCGAUGCCUCCUCUCUUUCUUUCUCUCUGCGCCUGGCUCCCCCCCGUACGCGCCAUCUCCCCCCCUUCUGCGUGCCUUCCAUUUCAGAGCAGAAGCUGGCAUCCAGAAGGGGCGAGGGACCCCUCGGGAAUCCCUUCCGCGGGGGAGGAGCCACUUGGCGGAGAAGCGCGGUGGUGGAGGGAGUGAUCGGCAUCGCCUAAAAUGCAUUUUGAGGGGUUUUUCCACGUUGCAUAUUUAUCAGUCUGUCGUCACUGGGGCAAGCAUGGAAAAGGGAAACGUUUGAAGGGAGGGGGGAGGGUGUUGUGCCCCGGCAGCCGGAAGGGUCUACGGAGGUAACAGGAAUGAGAAGAAGCUUGUGUACAGUUCCAGUUUUUAAGUGUUGGUAACACACCGUCUCUGUCCCACAAGCAGACAAGGCAGCAGAGGCUGAGUUUUGGAGGCCUGUGAACCUCUCCUCAGAGGCUGAUAACAGCGAACUGUGCUGUUUGGGGUGGGGGGGCGGCAGAUGCGGAGGGACAUUUGGCAAGUGUUUCGGGGACGGUUCCACAAAGCGGGUCCGUAAUCCUCAGGGCAGCUUGGUUGAUUCAAAGCGCGGCUGAGUUCUCAAGGACACUCAUCUGUGUUUGGAAAGGUAUCGAGGUUCCGGCGUUGGGGAGCGGGCACGCUCCGUGUUUGGGCGAAGUGCCGGUUCUUUAGAGGAGGAGCGGUUUGUCUGGGCCCGAACGUUAUCACCGGAACAAUACGAUUCUGCUUCACGGGGACACACGCACACGCACACACAAUCUCUCUCACAGAACUCAUUUCCACUCAGUUGAAGCACUUUAUCUUAAAGCUUAGGUCUGCUUUAAAUGUAAAGGUAGGUAGGUAAACUAGCUCUGUGUUGAAAAGGAACGGGGGCCUCCCUCCCUUGCUGUUGUGGGAAGCCAAGGGCCUCCUCCGUCAGAAUGUUUUCUGCCUUCAGCCUUGCAAAGGGGGGCAGCCGCAGCGCUGGUGCAGAAGAUCUUCCCAGCGGCUUUGGAACCCUUCCCCCCCGCCCACCCCGAAAGCAGGGGCAAGGGGCCCCGGGAACA